GCUUUACACACUUCCGUCUUCCCCGUCUGUGUGUGCUUCAGGGGGAGGAGAGGGAUGGGAAGGACAUAAAGAAGUAGAGUAAGAAGAGGUGAAUGAGACAACUGUGCACAGUUUAAAGCGCAUCACUUGCAUAAGUGAGAGAAGGAAGGGGUAGGGAAAAGUAGGUUCAGGCUGAAAUCGGGCACAUGUUGCAGCAUCAUGAUAUUAACACCGUGGCGACACUUCAGGGCUUCGCUGAGGCCAUGCAUCGAAGUUAAAAUCUUUUCAAAAGAAAAAAAACCGUCUCCGUCAAUCCAAGCAGUCCCUAGAGACACCUUUCUUCAACAAUGAAAAGAUGCGGCAUUAAAAGUAAGCACCCCUAAGAUAAGCAACGUCUUGAAGUUCUUCAGUAAGAGAAGCUAAAAUUACUCCAAUUCAUUCAACAGCAUCGCGACUCAAUAGUAGAAGAGCCACUGCACAUCUAGACUCUAUGUGCGCUGUGUCCAAAAACGAAGACAGCGGUUGUAAACAAAAGACAAGAGCUAAUAAACUGAUAGAAAUGAUACGCACUUCACAAGUCCACACUGGCGUCGUGCGAGCCUUCUUUCCGGCACAAUCCCUGGUGUACCUCCAUGGGGUCCUCUAACAAUGACAGCGGGAAACCAAUAUGCUGACCGAGCUGCUCGGGGGAGCCCAAAAGAAGCACCCCGCGCUGGUGGGUAAGUGGCACGCCUUACGAGAACCCUGGCCCUCCGCUUCUGUGGAACUACAGGAAUGGAAAGAGCUGGCAAUGAGGAAAGAUGCUUUCUACAUUACUGUCACCGUGAUGAAGAGGUGGCUUUUGACUGACGAGCUCGAGAUGCGACGAGUGGGGUUAUAAUGUGUAAACACUGCGCUGCCGAUAUGAUAUCUCGGUUCGUCCGAACGGGGUCCCAACUGGAAUGAUGAUUACUUCAUAAUCAUCCAUAACACAUACUAUCUAUGAUUCCUUUUUUUCACUUUCAUUUUUUGAUGAAUACAUUUUUUUCUCCUUAAAUUGGGAUAUUUAAAAAUUUAUUUAUGACCUAUUAUGAUUUGCUUUUAGACUUCUGAGUUCCUCCCUAGAUGGAGAUCUGAAAGCACUACAAUAGUACGGUGGAAUUUUACUGUUGUGAAGGAUUA